UUUAAAUACACGAUCUUUGAAAAUCAUUGUUCCAUUUCUACUGGCUAGAAAUGUUCUAUCGACCGUAUAAACACCAUAUAAAUAACAGAUUUUGUUUACAAAAUUGGCGGCUAAACAUUUGUUAGGAUCAGCUGAAAACUAAACAAAAAAGUUCACAUACAAUACAAAUAUACAUAUUCAUUUCAAUAAUCAUGGAGCCCUGCAUUAUUGAGUUUAUUGGCGAAAAAUCAACAAUUGGAAUCGUACCUAAUUUUUCUUUUGAUCCCUUACACCUGAUAUCGGGAAGUGUAGGACCGUUUCGCGCUGGUCUGCCCGUGCACGUGCCACUAUGGCUUGGCAUACAUUUGCGUAAACAACAGAAAUGUCGCAUAGUUCCUCCAGAAUGGAUGGACAUAGAGUUACUCGAAGAAAUUAAGGAAGCGGAAAAGAAAUCAAAGUUCUUUACAAAGAUGCCCAGCGAACACUAUAUGGUUGAAGCUCAAUUGAUCAUGAGCACAGCGCCGGACGAUGUGCCGCGCUGUGAAGAGUUGCGUACCAUAAUCAAAGAUAUAUUCGACAUACGCGAAUCAAAACUUCGUACAUCAAUUGAUGCAUUCAUCAAGGGUGAGGGUACUUAUGCGAAAUUAGACAAUUUGACUCUUUUGGAAAUACAUACUGUACGCCCAAUUCUGCCUCAUUCCUUGGAUCAUAUUGCGCGUUACCAACGAACAGCAAUGGCAACGCAACGUGAUACCUCCUCGCUGGGUUUGAGCAAUUCUAUGAAUACGAGUCACUUUUCACAAUAAAAUAAAUGUAACAAAA